AGGAGGCUUAGCUAAUAGGAAGAGACACAGAGGGGGAGAGGUAGACCAGUGUCCGUCCCGCCUUCAACGCUUUACGGUGACCAGACAGAGCGCGCGAGGCUGGAGGUCGGGACGCCGGUCGCUGUUCACGUGUGUCAGUGACAAGGCGGGAGAACGGCGCCGUACGGGAUCGGAGGACAUUAGACAACCGGAGAUGUUGUGUGUGAUGAAGAAAAGGAUGCGCAGAGAAGAAGUUGAAAGUUUGACGGGAUCCAGUUAAAGAGUCUCACCUCCGGACAAGUAAAAGGGCCGAACACAUCAUCUCACUGUGGAUGUGGAUGGGACUCCCGAGCCGGCCCGUGGGGUGAACUUAUUCUCUUCACAGCAAAAUAGCCGUGGCCCUUUAAACGGUUUGAUCUGAAUUUUUCAUUUUUUAUUUUUUAACCAUUACUUUAUAUUAGAUCGGAUUCCUAAUAUAUGGGACAAGGAGAUUAAAGUGAUGAACCGGGACAGAGCGGUAUCCGGGCCCGGGGAAGACGGGGUCCAGACUGUGAUAAACCGGGACAGAGCCGUAGCAGGGACCGGGGUGGACACUGUUCAGCCCGUGAUGAGUCGGGACAGACCGGUACCGGCUCCCGGUGGUGACGGGGUCCAGACCGUGGUGGGCCCGGACAGCGUAGACAUGCUCGACGGCGGCGCUGCCGGGGAGAUGCGGCUCUUCUCCAAUGCGGUGGCGGGAGGCAGAGAUGCUGAGGCCGUGGAGAACCACUUAGAACCCAUACCGACUAACCCAGUGUUAGCCCCGCCACAGCAGGGCCCUGCCGGGCACCGGACCACCUCUUUCUCCGUACUGGACAUUCUGGACCCCAACAAGUUCACGAGCAGCCGACGACAGCAGCAGCACGCGAGCCACCGAGGUGAGCGCCAGCUGAGCGCGUAUGGAGUGGAGAAUCGAAAAGCAACAUCUGGAGAGCGCGAGCCCGGCCUGGAGCCCGGCAAAGCCUUCUACGGUGCGGAGGAAUACCCGAGCAAGGAAGGCUUUGUAUACAGAAGCCAAGAUGUGGAUGAAUACCACAGAUCUGGGACCCCAGAUUCAGAGGCUCCAGACCAGCCCUACAGCAGUGAGGAGAGCAGCCCAGCCCUUCCCAGUAACGGAGAGAGAGAUCUGGGCCAGCAUAGCCACCAGGACCCUGGCAGAGACACCAAGAGCCCCGGAGGAAGCCCAACAGGCCAGAUCACCGAUAUCCAGGCCAAUGGUGCACAGGGCACGCAGGGCAAACCCAAGAGGAAACGCUCUGGCUCGGACUCCAAGUCAGGGAAGCCCCGUAGGGCCCGGACUGCCUUCACCUACGAGCAGCUAGUGGCGCUGGAGAACAAGUUCAAGUCAACGCGCUAUCUGUCAGUUUGUGAGCGGCUCAACCUGGCCCUGUCUCUCUCCCUCACUGAGACCCAGGUCAAGAUUUGGUUCCAGAAUCGUCGAACCAAAUGGAAGAAACAGAACCCCGGAGCAGACACCUCCGCCCCUACCGGGACAGGAGGAGCAGGAGGUGUAGGAGGAGGAGGGGGAGGUCUGGGAAGCCUUAGCCCUCUUAGCCCGUCCCCUCCGAUUGGUGGGCACCUGGCUAUGCAUGCUGGUUACGCCAGCCACCAUCACCCCCCCACCGGCAGCCUGGUCCAGCUGCCUUUCCUCACCGCAAGCCACGUCCUGUCCCCUUUCAUGUUGGGGACACAGAGCUACGCUGCACCGGCCUUCUACAGCACACACUUGUAGACACACAGACUCAUCCACAGAAACACGCUCAAAGGCCAUGGAGACUGAAACGUUUAAGCAGACAGACUGUCAGUGUUCAGCUCUGCUUCCCUUUCUACUACCAUUUGAAGGCUUUAAUUUCAACGGAUUAUUUUGAUAGAAUGUGAAUAUCUGCCAGAAACUGUAUAUGUAUAUGAAUUUAUUAUCCAGCUCCCUAUUCCGAAUGCUGUUUUAACCUACGUAGUAGUUGAUUAAUUGUUUUUUUUUUUAAAGUUUGUAUGAAUAUUACAUGUUUAUUUAUGACUUAAGGAAUGGCUUGAUCUAUUGUCAGUAGUAUGUAACCUCAGCUGUGAUUGUUUUCAUUUCUGUUAUUUAUUGAAUUCAUAGACAGUUUCCAUGAAAUUCUUGGAGCUACUGAAUCCUCAGCUCAACAUGAUAUUGUCCUUUAAUAUUAAAAUAAUGACUAUUAAACUGAAAAACUAGCUUUGUGACCUCAUUCUAAUUCAACAUGACAACGUGGUGUCCCAGUGUCCUCACAGCAGGAAGGUCCUCGGUUCAAACUCGGUGUUCCCCGUCUGUGUUGGUUUCUUUCACAUCCAGACAUCCUGCCUCUUAUUGAAGGUGUUUUCCCUGGGAAUGUACGAGUCCCAUGUAGGCCUGAACAGACCAAAUAAGACAUUUUUUACCCUCUUCCAACAUUCAACGUGCUGGAAAAUGGUAAGUAAGUAAACGGUAGAAAGCAGUGGCCAGGCCAGUGAACAUUUUGUGGGUUAUAUUUACUUUUUAUAUUUAUCUUUGAAAAAGUCUUUCCAAAGACACAAUGGCAACUAAUCUGGCGCUGCUCAGACUGGGACGGACAGAAUAUGUGGCACAGAGGAACAAGAAAGGGGUAGACAAACUUAAUUAGCUUGUUCAUCCAGUUGUCCUAUUUUCAUAACUGCCAUUCAGAACUAAAGCCAAUAAAUACCUGUGACUAUUGCAGAGUAAUUUGUCUUGGGAGAGAAUGCUAAUUUGAACCUUUCACAGUAAGGAAAAAAACAGGUGGGUAAAACAAAGGUAGGACUCAAAAGCAGGAUUCCGAGGAUAAAAAAGAUUUUAUUUCGGCAGCAGAGGGAUUUAAAAAAGGAAGCGCUGAAUCCGUGCCCGGAGGAAACAGGCAGGCACAAGGGUCUAGGCGGCAGGAGCAAUGCAAUCGGAUGGAAACAACGCUGGAGGGAGAGGUAGCGAUUUGGCUGGCUAGAGGGGUGUUUAGUCAGAGAUGUAGCCUGCAGCACAGAUGACACUUUGUAGCAAUGGUGACUACAUUGCAGGACAAUAGUGUGCUGCUGCAGAAGGCUUU